AUGUCUACUAAAGUUGUUAAUGUUGCCGUUAUCGGUGCCGGUGUGGUGGGUUCAUCUCUUUUGGACCAAUUGUUGGCUAUGAAGUCUACCAUCACUUACAAUUUGGUCCUUUUGGCCGAAGCUGAACGUUCCUUGAUCUCUAAGGACUUUUCUCCAUUGAACGUCGGCUCUGACUGGAAAUCGGCAUUGGCCGCUGCCAGCGACAAGACUUUGCCAUUGGACGAUUUGAUUGCUCAUUUAAAGACUUCUCCUAAGCCAGUGAUUUUAGUUGAUAACACUUCCAGUGCUUACAUUGCUGGUUUCUACACCAAGUUUGUUGAAAACGGUAUUUCCAUUGCUACACCAAACAAGAAGGCUUUUUCCUCUGAUUUGGCUACCUGGAAGGCUCUUUUCUCCAAUAAGCCAACCAACGGUUUAGUAUACCAUGAAGCCACCGUUGGUGCUGGUUUACCUAUUAUCAGCUUUUUGAGAGAAAUCGUUCAAACUGGUGAUGAGGUAGAGAAAAUUGAAGGUAUCUUUUCUGGUACUCUAUCUUACAUUUUUAACGAAUUCUCCACUAGCGAAGCUAACGACGUCAAAUUUUCUGAUGUUGUCAAGGUUGCUAAGAAAUUAGGUUACACCGAACCAGAUCCAAGAGACGAUUUGAACGGUUUGGACGUUGCUAGAAAGGUCACAAUUGUCGGUAGAAUAUCUGGCGUCGAAGUUGAAUCCCCAACUUCUUUCCCAGUUCAAUCUUUGAUUCCUAAACCAUUAGAAUCUGUUAAAUCUGUCGACGAAUUUAUGGAAAGGUUAUCCGAUUAUGACGAUGAUUUGACUCAAUUGAAGAAAGAAGCCGCAGCUGAAAACAAAGUAUUGAGAUUUAUUGGUAAAGUUGAUGUCGCCACCAAAUCUGUCUCUGUUGGAAUUGAAAAAUACGAUUACUCUCAUCCAUUUGCAUCAUUGAAGGGUUCUGAUAAUGUUAUUUCCAUCAAGACUAAGCGUUACACUAAUCCAGUCGUCAUUCAAGGUGCUGGUGCAGGUGCUGCUGUCACUGCUGCUGGUGUCUUGGGUGAUGUCAUCAAAAUUGCGCAAAGACUUUAG